AUGCUGUGGGCUGGAGCCACACCAUCUGAAGCCACUGAGCAGAUUCCAUGGGAAAGUGGCACCAUUGAGCGAGUGUCCCCCCAAAUCCUCUGUCCCAUGGAGGGUCAGAGGGCCCCCGAGAAGACAGGGUGUGAAGGGGAUGCAGUGAAUGAGGCCGGAGGUGGCAAAGGCUCCAGCCAGGUUAGGGGUGCACCUGGAGACAACGGCUGUAUUUUCGAGGCCUACGCGGGCACAGACCUGGAGGAGCAGCUGCGGGCGGUGUCCAGCGUGGACGAGCUCAUGAGUGUGCUGUACCCGGAAUACUGGAAAAUGUACAAGUGCCAGCUACGGAAGGGAGGCUGGCAGCAAAGCCCAGGCCAGCCCGGCGGCGAUCCGAGGACAGAAGACACUGUAAAAUUUGCCGCCGCGCAUUAUAACGCGGAGAUCUUGAAAAGUAUUGAUAAUGAGUGGAGAAAGACUCAAUGCAUGCCACGUGAGGUGUGUGUAGAUGUGGGGAAGGAGUUUGGAGCAGCCACAAACACCUUCUUUAAACCUCCAUGUGUGUCCGUCUACAGAUGUGGGGGCUGCUGCAACAGCGAGGGGCUUCAGUGCAUGAACACCAGCACGGGCUACCUCAGCAAGACGUUGUUUGAAAUUACAGUGCCUCUCUCUCAAGGCCCCAAACCAGUCACAGUCAGUUUUGCUAAUCACACUUCCUGCCGGUGCAUGUCCAAGCUGGAUGUUUACAGACAAGUCCACUCGAUCAUUAGACGCUCCCUGCCAGCAGCCCUGCCACAGUGCCAGGCUGCCAACAAGACCUGCCCCGCCAACCACACGUGGAGCAGCCACAUCUGCAGGUGCCUCACUCAGCAGGAUUUCAUGUUUGCCUCCACCGAUGGCGACGACGCGGCCGAUGGAUUCCACGACGUCUGUGGCCCCAACAAGGAGCUGGAUGAAGAGACAUGUCAGUGCGUCUGCAAAGGGGGGCUGCGGCCGGCUAGCUGUGGGCCCCACAAGGAGCUGGACAGAGACUCGUGCCAAUGCGUCUGCAGAAACAAACUCUUCCCCAGCUCGUGCGGGCCCCACAGGGAGUUCGACGAGAGCACGUGCCAGUGCGUGUGCAGAAGAGCCUGCCCGAGAAGCCAGCCCCUCAACCCAGCCAAGUGCGCCUGUGAAUGUACAGAAAACCCCCAGAAGUGCUUCCUCAAAGGGAAGAAGUUUCAGCCUCAGACGUGCAGUUGUUACAGACGGCCGUGCACAAACCGGCUGAAGCACUGCGAGCCGGGCCUUGCGUUCAGUGAGGAGGUGUGUCGCUGUGUGCCCGCGUACUGGAAGAGACCACAGUGAACUGAGAUGGGACUGUUUCCCGGCGUCCGUUCCUGCCAUGGCAGACUGUGCUGCCCCUUUAAAACUGUCUGUGGACAGAGAGACGUGUGUGGGGCCACGGUGACAGAGACAGCGGUCGGUGGGUGUUUCCCGAGCCACGUGGAUCACGUCACGGAAACGGGCCCAGGCUCAUCUGCAAAGACCUCUUAUAAACACUGGUUUUCUGCCAAGGACCGAACAGCCGAGGUUUUUCUGUUGUGAUUUAAAAAAAAAAAUGACUAUAUAAUUUAUUUCCACUAAAAAUAUUGUUUCUGCAUUCAUGUUUAUAGCGAUAACAAUUGGUAAAGUUCACUGUGAUCAAUAUUUUUAUAUCAUGCAAAAUAUGUUUAAAAUAAAAUGAGAA